UUAAAAGCUUGAUUUGGGGUCUUGGUGGACCUGAAAACACCAGAGAGAGUACUUGUUUGCUGCGUGGAGCGUCAACUUCCCCAUUUCUCUCGCCUUCCUCUGUGUACUUUCCAUUUCGGCCCGUCAAGGGAAUCUAUUUUAGUGAUCGCUUUUCAGGAGCGUCACGGAGGAAGCGAUGACGCCACGUCACCAUCCACGCCAACCCCCAGGCCACAAAAUGGGGCGGCGAGACACGAGAAUCAGAAACAGAGAAAGAGAAAGAAGAGCCAACGAACAACAGUUGCAUUCGAAUCCUAACGUUUGAAAAUCAAAGCACGGAAGGCAAUGGAAGUGAAGUUGCGUCCAAGGUUGUUUUUCUUCACAGCCCUCUGUUUGUGUCUAGAACCAGGAGCCAAUGCUGAAGUUGUCUGUUGUGAUGCGAGUCGUUUAGAAAUGCAUCCAAUAUUCUGCGGCACGUGCAGUCUUGGGAAAUGCUGCAAGGACAACCGGUGUAAACAAUGCCGUCCGUUACCGAAAUGUCUCGAAGGCGAGGAACUCUGUCGCUCAGGCACCAUUGACUUCAGGUACAUCUGCCGACCAUGUCCAAACGGGACUUUCUCAGAUGUCAAAAAUGGCUGCUGCAUCCCUUGGGAAAAUUGCAAGAGCCACGGACUCCAAACCCUGCAAGCCGGGAACAGGACACACAAUGCUCAAUGUGGCCCAGGACCCACCCCCGUUGUUGGGCAACCUGGUUUUACGGUCGCGUCCAUCUUCACCGUCCUGACGGCGGCAGGUAUCUUUGUUCUUCUUCUGAUGACGUUCCUGUUAAUCGUUUGCACGUGUACGCAGAAGACGGUGUUCCGUUUGGUUGAUGACGUUGAAUCUCUCGAGCAGCCAAAUCCAUCCGAAUCCCAUCUCCUGGAAGAUGAUGCCCAAAGCUGCCAGUUUCCAGAAGAAGAGGAUGGUGGGAAAGUGGUGGCGUAGUAGACCUCACCUUAGUGAGAACAAAUAUUGCAAAAUGCACUCCGUGAUCUCAUCUCUAGAUGACUCUUGACCAAAUACUCAGCCACUUUAUUUGUGUCUAGAGGUGAACGAAAGUCUCUUUGUGUAGAUCCAGAUUGGUUCGUCCACAUGCAAAGUUCAUCUGUUGCUAUUUACUCUUCUGAAGAGACCUGGUUUGUACUUCAUCUAGUACGCAAAGGUAGUGUUUCCUUCACCCUCUUCCUUUGUAUGGGGAAGACACGGUUUUAUAUAUAGGACCGGGCUACAAUAAAUCGCUACUGACCGAGAGGUCAUGGGAUCGAAGCCCGGGUCAGAUUGAGCUCCCGACUGUUAACAGCUGAGCUCGCUGUCCACCGAAGCAGCUAAAAAAACAGUUGCAUCCGUCGAGUAGAAAAGUCUAGGUAUCGCUUUGUGUGGGGAGUCUAAUUUAAUUAAGCUACAACUCCAUAAAAACCGACAGAAAGGAAUGCGGAAGUACUCCCAUCAAGGACUCGGUGUCACAAGUGCAGCUACCCCUGUGACUGGAAUUGAGCCUCAUGAAGCCGGAAGCUGGAAAAUGUUAAAUUGCCUCUGUCUAUAUGUUGAAUGUUUGACAUUGUGAUCUGCCCUGAGAGAAGGGCGAAAUAUAAAUACUGUAAAUCAUAAAUAAUAAUAGAUAGGACUUCUAAUUUAGGAAGCAAACAAGAGCAACAAUAGAACAAGUAAAGGAUGGAGCCUGGAGGAAUUAAACUCAGAAAAGUCAGGGCUAAAAUAGCGGUUGAAAGGUUGUGGGCGAAGUCGGACAGAAGAUUAUGAGUGGAGCCAGUCCAGGACUUGAGGAUGAAUUGGUUUUCCAGAUCUCAUUCCUCUUGGUGUUUAGAAAUGGACCAUAUAUAUACCUCUAUCUAUGUUCAAAUUGUCUGUCUUGUCUGUAUAAAACGGCACUGAAUGUUUGCCUCAUAUGUAUGUUCUGUGAUCGCCCUUUGAGGUGAGACGUGCAGAAUAAAAAUACUGUAAAUAAAUAAAAAUAAAUAAAUGGACUGUAUCUAUAGUUGAGACCAUAACACCAUCUCGGUGGUGUUCAGAGUGGCCUUAAAGUGGACUUUAUCACACCAACAUCUUGACUUGUCUCAAUCCUGAACGUAUGAUUAUUAUUUUACACAAAUAUUAUGCUUAAAUUCAGCAUGGCACUCGUCUUUGAACCUGUCUCCAUUCAAAAGGCCUGCUGUCAUGAUAGGCUUUGGUGGUGACUUGUUACAAUUUUUGUGUUAUGUAGUGAAAUGUUUAAUUCAUUGUUGCUAUGUAAGUGGAUGCAUUUGCUCCGGUAAGCAUUCCAGCAGUCAAGUGAUUAAUUGCAGAGAGCCCUGAUUUUUGGCUAGAAGGGCAAAGCAUCAAGACUUCUGUUUGAGCUACAUGGCAGGAAGAUAUGUUAUAGACUGUGGAAUGUGGGAUGUGCUUAAAGUUUACUGAUAACAGACACAAAGAAACUCCAUGAUUUGUUCUUGUCGAAGCAAGAUGUGUCCGAGCAGCUCUGGCUGUUUACCUUGUAGAUAUCUGUAAAUUAAAGGACUGUUUACCUUGUAGAUAUCUAUAAAUUAAAGAUAUCUGUAAAUUAAAGAUCUAUUGCUGCUGGGAUC